GUGUGAAUAUGAGGUUUCUCUUCCCUUACUGACUUCCUACUCUGCAGCUAAUCUCAUCUAACUGGGAAGCUGGGUCCUGCUCCCUUGGGUGUCCACUCUGAUGCAGACUGCAGCGAAGGAGGCUGCUGGCACUUCUCUUCACUCCUACUAUGGGGUUAUUAAGGGGCUCUACUCCAGCACAGUUCUCUUCUAGGCACGAAUAUACCCAGGAAACCCACGUGCCUCAGUUUUGUUCCUGUCCUUUGUGAGAAAAGGUAUCGGCGCUGUUGGUGGGAUGAGAGAAGGGCACAACUUGCCACCUGCAUGCCUGAAGAAGCUCCACCAUGCUAGGCAGAAGAGCUGUGCCGAGCUGGGCCUAAAUAGCCGGAUCGAGCUGGGAGAUGUGACGCCACACAACAUUAAGCAGCUGAAGAGGCUAAACCAGGUCAUUUUUCCUGUCAGCUACAAUGACAAGUUCUACAAGGAUGUACUGGAGGUUGGCGAACUAGCCAAAUUAGCCUAUUUCAAUGAUAUUGCGGUGGGAGCAGUGUGCUGUAGGGUGGAUCACUCCCAGAAUCAGAAGAGACUGUACAUCAUGACACUUGGAUGCCUGGCACCAUACCGAAGGCUAGGAAUAGGAACUAAAAUGUUGAAUCAUGUCUUAAACAUCUGUGAAAAAGAUGGCACUUUUGACAACAUCUAUCUGCACGUCCAGAUCAGCAAUGAGUCAGCAAUUGACUUCUACAGAAAGUUUGGCUUUGAGAUCAUUGAGACGAAGAAAAACUACUACAAGAGGAUAGAGCCAGCAGAUGCUCAUGUGCUGCAGAAAAACCUCAAAGCCCCUUGUCUUGGCCAGAACGCAGAUGUGCAAAAGACCGACAACUGAACAAAACCCCGACGAACACUUUCUUGCACUUGCUUGUCGCCAAAUAAGGAAAGAGAGGCCUAUUGUUUUUUUGUUGUUUUCUCCCCUUCAUCCUCCUCAUUUUUUUUUCUUGACCUCUCUCCAACAAAAUGUUAUGCUUCUUCCAAGGAUUGUCCGAUCAUGUUUGGGGUUUUUUAGCUCUCCUUCUUUCUGUUUUUGUUGGGGUGGGAAGAGGUGUGCAGAUCUCUUUAGUUUGAGGUGUGGAGGGCUUGAGCAGGUUUUCCUAGUGACAAGUUUCCAUCAGAGAAUUUUCUCUUUCAGGAAGCAGAAUGUAAAUCUGGGAAGCGAAAGGAAAAGCAAUAUCUUGUCCUUUGACUCCUACAUUAUUAUUUUUCUUUUUAUAACCUACAGGGUACUUUAGCACCCCCCCACACACACCUUUGAAUGUUACUUCAGUAAUUCCCGUUCUUCCUCUUGAUUCCCCCACCUCAAAAAAGUAUAUUUAGUUCUUUCCAAUAUUUUUGAGUAUGGCUUUUUCCUCCAUCUUUUGCUGAGAAGGGCAGGCUACUUUACCAUGCCUUUUCACUCUGCCUGGGCUGAUCUUUUGAAUGCUUUUUUAAGUACUCCUCACCCAAGCUGGUGCUACGUUUCUUGACUGAGUGAGAAGAGGGUUCAGAGGGGUCUUUAUGGUUUUCCUUAUUUUCAUUUACCCAACUGCCAGCAAACUUCUGAUAGAGUAAGAGUUUGAGCUGGUGUUGGCAAGAGUCACCUUAUAAAAAUAUCAAUCUUGAGGAAAGAUCCUUGUUUUUAAAAAAAAAAAAAUGGAUGAAAUGCUGUAGGGCUCAUCAAGAGUCAGUUUUAUCUGUGUUGUUGGGAUAGGAACAGUGGCUGUGACCAUUUUACCUACUCUGAUCACAUAAGUGAGCACCUGUCUCCAGAUAAAUUUUGCUACAGGUGCUAAAUCUGUGGUGACAAAUCUAAGAUGAGGCACGGGUUGAGGAAACCAGGCAGCAAGACCGAGAAGGCAAACAAGAAUCUGACCCUAAUUGCAUAACUUUGCAGGGGUCUUCUGGAUUUGCUUGGGAUCUGCUUGGCUUGCUGUGUUUAUAUGCUCCUUAGGGAGGAAGUGGUUAAGAACUGCAUGUUUUACUCUUUGAAGACUCUUUUUUUUCUUCUUUUUUUUUUCUUCCCCCCUUCCUCCUUUAAAUGGUAAUGAUGCAGUUCUCCUCUUGAGAGGGUGUUCCAUGAAGCACCAGAGAAAGCAGCAUUUACUAGGUUUUAUGAGUUUGGAAAAACAGGCUGACUGGCUUCUUCCUAGUACUGUAAUCUCAAAGCUACAGUAAAUUCUACUAAGCUCUGCUUUGCAUCCUUUCAUGCUUUAUUUGCAUGAAUAUCAGUGCUCCUUUCUAUGCACUGUUGCCAGCAAUUUUAUGUAUGCCAAUACAAAUACCAACUUGAGCUUGGACUCUCCUCUCCAAGCAUCUGGGAAAGUGCACUGAACUGAGACAACAUCAACCUGCCCCAUCCCCCAAAUAGAUAUUAAACUGCAUUCCUUUCCUGUUAAUGUUUUUUAAAGUUUAAAUCUACAUCUUGAACUCAUCUGCUUUGAAAGCCUCCAACCUAUAGUGCACAUUGCAGCAUACAUCUUGUUAGCAGGUGCUGUCCAGUCAUUCUACCGUGACUUGGGAACCAAGGAUUUCAAGAUGGGAGUUGUGCAUGACACAAGGGAGGGUACCCCUCAUUCUGUAUUAUGCAGCCUUUGAUACCUGAGGGGUGACUAAACAAGCUACUCUAGAAUUACUACCACUUUCCCAGAGGUGUGUAGUGUUUUUUGGAGUGCAUCUUGACAGACCUAUGCUGAAAAAUGGCUACUCUAUUUGCUGGGUUUGCACUAAUUGAGUCUUGGUGAUGGGUAGAUUUCUAACAACAAAAGCCUCUCUGCAUGGCCUGAGCACCUGUGUUUGCAACACUCUGUAGCAGACUCUGGCUAGAAAGACAGAAACAGUUUCCUAGGCCAGAGUACCUAGUUUUGAGAAAAACUUAUUUUAGCGCUGCUAGGACAUGCCUGCACUGGUUAUGUUGGCAGUCCCAGCAUAUUUCUAGAAGGGGAUAUAUUGAAGCACAAGUAGCUCAUCAUAUGCCAACAUAGUUUCCCUGGCCAUCUGUAGACUGAACCAAGAGGAAUAUGUGGAGGGAGAUAGUAUUGUAUUUGAGGAUAUUUGUGCAGCACAGCUGUAACUCAGACCAUAGCUGCCUCUGGUGCCAAGCAAAGUGCUCUUCAUUCUUCUAGAACUAAGUGGUAAGUGUUUGGGUUGGGUAGGUGGGUGUGGGGAUAUGAACUCUUAGGAUUUGCUGUUGUUGUACGCUUCCACAAAUCAGUGUGUUUCACAGACAGUUUUUCUUCAGGUUUAAAAGUAUGAGUCUGAUGUCUGAAUUUACUUGGAUUAACCUUUGUUUCUGUCUCUUUUUGCUUUGGGCUGCCAUCAUUCUAUGAAUGUAUCCCUGAAAACAAUUCUUAGAACUCCUAUUCCAUGGCAAACCUGCCUCGGUGUAACUUCUAAGAGAGUAUUUUGUAGGCGGUGGAAGGGAGAGCAACCACAAAUCUAAGACUCCUUUUCCCAGGCUAUUAAUCCUGGAUAACGGUUGUUGAAUCUUGAAUACAAGGUUUAAUCUAAAUCUCUUACAAAGCUAUGUCCCUGUCCAUGGAUAAGGGAGAGUGAAGGUCAGUAGUUCUGAAUGACAAACAGUUGUAUUUUAUUAGUAUAUCGACCGUAUUGGGUGUGGGAGGAGAACACUGUAUCUUAGUACUGUUAUCUGAAGACACAGAAGUUGUGUGAAGUAUGAGAUUACUGCAGAGAACUUCUGUUACUUUGUAUGUUGCUGCAGCAGGACCUCCUUCUAGCUUGAAAAUAACAACUUAUGAACAACAAAAUUUUUAAAAAGUUGGGAAUUUCAAUAGAGAAAAAAAAAACAAAAAAAAACCACCAGCACUUCCUCUUCUGGAUGAACAUCUAGCAAGAAAAAUGUAUGUUGACUAACAGCUUUAGAGUGUAAAUUGUGUAUAUACGAGUUAUUCCUGAAUCUCUGCAACUGGUUUUGUCGUAUAUCGGUUGAUGUAUGAAGAUAUUGCCUACAAAGACUCCUAGUAGAGGAAACCGUGGUACAGGGGAAAAAGAAUCAUCCAGGAGAGAUAUCCCUCAUUUUUUGGGAGGGGGAAGGGAGAGAAUUUAUUUUGUGUAUACAGAAACUGGCUGAGUUUACGUGAUGCAGCUAAUGGUUAAACCUGCCAAUUAAAUAUGACAUACUGUUACAACUGAAACAAACUUAACGUGAUAUUUUGUCAAUUCUUGAUGGUGCCCUGUGAUGUCUAGUAAAAAUUGGAUCCCCAAAACACGCAUUGUUAUAUUCUCCCCCAUGUUGUAAUCCAGGGUCAGCUGCUAUGCACAAAGUUUAUGUUUUGUAAAGUGUUUGCUGACUUGGAUGUUUCUUCUGAAUCUGCAACUGCUUCCUAAUUAAACUGACCAAGACCACCCCCGGUCUCAUUGAGUUAAGAUUUAGUCAGAGGUAUGCUGUAUGCAGUUGACAGAUGCAUUCUCAAUGUUACAAGUUCAGUUGCAGGGGGAGCAAAUUAUUUACAAAGAAGACGGUCCAUUUUUAAUCUAUAUCAUUGCCCUUGUUGUACAUCAGGAGCAUGUUUUUGUUUUUCUCAAACUCUUUAGAAAUACCGUUCAGAAUAAACGUGCACUAUUUGAGUUAUGUCA